CUUGCCUGGACAACCAGACCUGGAGUGGACAUGCGGCCAGCUGCUCAGAGUCACCGUCUGCCACCAACACAACCCUCCUUCGCCCUGCCAAGUGUUCCUCCUUCCACGGGACUCAGCACUGUACCUGCGAUGCCGGCUAUGUGAUCCAGACAGGAGGCGUCUGUCAGGACAUCGAUGAAUGCAGUUUGUUCCAUGGAAGUGCACUUGCAAAGAUUUGUAUCCAUGAAUGUGUCAUACUCCUGGAUCAUACCAAUGUGUCUGCCCACAGGGUAUCUCCUGGAUUCUUCACAGAACAUUUGCCAGGAUAUCGAUGAGUGUGUGGCAGAGCAGAGCACCUGUGCUGGGGGACAGAUCUGCGUCAAUCUGUACGGCGGCUUCACGUGCGUCCGUCCAGAGUGCCCCAAACCGAAACACAACACAACCUACAUGAAGACCUCUGCACAUCAGUGUGAACGGACACCGUGCCACGUGGGCAGUGCCGCCUGCCUGGAAGCCCCCCAUUCCGUCUCCUUCCACUACAUUGGCAUACAGUCCCAGCUGCCAGUUCCUCGAGUCCUGUUCACCAUGACGGCACCACGGUCUCUAGGAGAUGGCCAACGCUUCACCAUCACAAGAGGAAAAGGUCAGCGCGGCCUGGAAGUGCGGCAAGCAGGCCGCCACCGGGGAGAACUGUUCCUGACCAAAUCACUGACUGGACCUGCUGAGAUACAGGUAGACGUGGAGAUGGCAGAAAUGUCAGCACAGGGGUUGCUCGGGAGGCACAUCUUUACUGUCACUCUGUUUGUAUCUCAGUACCCAUUCUAG